AUGUCCAUCUCGAAUGCUCCCCUUGUUGGUCCCGUCAUUGGACUGGCGCUAUGGACUUUCUUCAUGGAGAUUUGGCUAUACUCCUACCGACUCCCAGACAUCACCACCUACAAGGUCCAAGUGCCUAACGGCGCAAGUAUUGCGGAGCUCAACAAGAACAUUCCCAGGCAUCGACAAUACCCGGCGGACAAUUACAAUCAUCUCCACGAGCAGCCAACUGUCUUCUAUGCUGUCGCCCUGGGCUUGACGUUCCUUGAGGUGAACGAUUCCCUCACGGUAGCACUGGCUUGGGCGUAUGUUGGGGCCAGGAUUGUGCACAGUCUGAUACAAUCCACGAGCAAUGCCAUUAUGCUCAGGUUCCAGGUCUUUGCGCUGAGCGGGGCGGUGUUGCUGGCUAUGACUUUGAGGGGUGCGGUCAACGCGUUUUAA